AUGUCGCCUGAUACGAUUCCACCUCUAUUGGAUAUGAGUACCGAUUCCACUAAGUUGGACAUUACUCAGAUGGCUUGGGAGGGUGAAGAAGAACUUUUCAAUGAUGUUGAAGAUGAUCAGGCGCCAUUAACAGAAGAAUCGAAUAUAGAUUCAAGACCAAGUAAGAAACCCAGGAAAUCAAAAAGAUCAACAAUGUCCACUCCAAUCCGAGAAACAGAACAACCAUCUCCCAUAUCCACAUCCGCAACUAGUCGUAGAAUCAUAUCAACAUCUAUGCAUAAUAUGACGUCAAGGUCAACAUUUAAACAUGUAGAUAAAGAUCUCAUCAAUCCCUCCAAACCACGGAUCAAGACAUCGAAUGUGUUUUGCAAAAAACAACCGCCCAUUCCCAGAUCUAUUCGAGAGGGCGAAAAAGAAAAAGAAAACAAAAACCAAUUUUCAGAUUUGGAAUUAGGUUUAAGACCACUUACCUGUCCUUUUCCAGAUGACAGAGUAGUUGUAGCAUUAGGUAUACUAUCCAACAUAUCUUCUUUGAACAUACCGCCAAACUCUACACCAAUUCCCGGGUCAGAUGGGGACGUCGUACCUAUUUCUUUCAAUUACACGAGGUCUGAUUUGAUCAAAUACAGAAUCAGAAAUGAUCAAUCACUUGAACCGGAUUCGAAAUUGACUUCGGCAGUCACCCACGAUAGCUCUUACGAUGUUAAUCGCUCAGAGUCCGUAAGUAUAGCACAAGGAUCUUGGAUCAAAUGGGAAGAAUCAGGUUGCUUGAUAAAAGGUUCGAGUGCUUUAUUGCCAUAUAGUCAUGAUAUCAACGGUAGUGUAUACAAACCUGAUAUGACACACGUUCAAGCUAUCAGAUCAGUCAUAGCUGCCUCUCCGAGAGGAAUGUUGACUCUGUCUCAGAUCUAUCAAGCCUUUGAAGAAAGAUGGCCAUGGCAUGAGACCGCAGGUACUACUUGGAAAAACUCAAUAAGACAUAAUUUGUCACUGAAUGGUUGUUUCGUAAAUAUCGAUAAAUCAAUCUCUGACGCUCAUCGUGGGGGUGGUAAAGGUGGAUAUUGGACAGUGACGAACGCAGCAUCAGGUAAAACAGCAAGAAAGUCUAAGAAAUCACUCGAUAUCAAUAUGCCCAUCAUGUCAAAGUCGAUCUCUGAAGAAAUGGAACUUUAUCCAAACUCAAAUCUGAAUCCAAAUCAUAAUGUAUAUUCAACCUCCCCCUCUCAUUUACAUCAGAUCAACGACGUUUACCUUCCCCAAUCUCUGACAUCGUUAUCAGCGAGAAUUCGGAAUCAAGAUCGUAUUCAUCAGAAGAAUCCAAAUUCAAAUUUCGAAUUGAAUGAUCAUGAAAGAAUAGCAAAACCAAAAUCAGCCAUUUCAUUUACAUAUAAAGUACCUUUCAAACCAGUUGGCUGGAUCCCAAAAGAGAUUAUUCAAUCUUCGAGAGAAAUUGGUAUAUCACGUCCUAUAUCUGAUACACCUUUAGAUAACCCGUCGUUCCCUACUUCGCCCGAUGUCAGUUCCACUGUUGCUUGUACAUCCACCCCGAGCAUACCUCCACAAGCUCAUGCAACAAACUCCUCGAUACCUCCUUCCCUUUUCCAAUCUCCACCGGUGUAUUCUUCUUCUUCCUCCUCCAUGAUCAAUAAACAAAUACACCAAGUGUUUACUACCAGAGCGGGUAUCCCUUCGUUGCCAACGGUAGAACCUAAAUCAAAUACACGCAAUGCGGGCAUAGGUACAGUCACAGGUGAUGGAGGACACAACACAAUAGUCAGUUUACCAAGUUUGAUAAAAGCUAUCUAUCGUCCUUUAGCCGAGGAACACGAUCAAUUGGGUGGAAUACAAUUACCUCCUGUCAAUUGGAAUCAAUGA